AUGCUUCAGGAGGAGGGCCGACCGCGCUGUGGGGAGCAGGUGGGGCUCCCGCGGACCCGGCACGGAGUGGGGCCGCCAGACGGGAGCCGUGCCUCCUCGGGUCUCGGUGCUCACCGCCCGAACACACGGAGCGUGGAAGGCGACGGCCCACUAAUCCGCCGAGAUGGGUGGGGGCUCCUCAAGCCCCAGGAGAGCCUCCCGGGGCUGGGCUGGGGGCGCGGGGGCACCAGGCAGUGGCCUUCCCCGCCCGGCCUCCCUGUUCUGGCCCCAGAGGCGCCCCCUCCCACCGCCGCCCAGGACAGCUGGCUGAGCGUCGUCUGCGGCCGGCACCCGACCAGGAGGGACACGGCCCGCCUCCUCGUCUGUCCUGACCCAGAGGACCACCCCCCGAGGACCUGUGUGCUCUGCUGCUGGCCGCUGCCCCGCCCCGCCCCCGGCCCUUCCACCUGCCGGGCCCUCCUGGCCAUCUGGGCUCUGCGUGCUGCCUGCUCGGCCACAAGGCCCAGCCCCCAGGGCAGAGGAGCCCCCCGCGGGGGGAGGGCCGUGGCGCUGGCCCCGGAUGGCAGGACGUGCUUCAGGGCCUCUGCCUGCGCCCUGGUCUCUGAACAUGUGGAUGGGUCGCAUCCCAGGGGCCAUGGGCUCUCUAGGGCAGGCUGCCUGCUGUCCCGCAGCCCCGGACUGUCCACAGGGGACGCGUCUCCAAGCGGCUGCCUGUGCCGAGUCCGGGGUCUGGAGGCUGAGAACCAGCUCUCGCAGAGGCUCCCUCCGGGCUGCCGGGAGCUCCGCCGCGUGAACGUGAAUCGUGCUGGGCACUUAGUUUGUGCCCGUGUACCGAGGGGCACAGCCGGGGGCCCCGACGCCAGGGCCUUCAUCCCGCUGGGCUGGAGGACCACGUGGCGUCUGAGAACAACACACUUGAGGAAGCACCUGUGCACCGUGGCGGGCGGGGGCCCCUCGCGCUGCAGGGCGCCGGCUCCAGAGUUCAGUACCUUCCGCAGUCCUAGUGCUGGGGCGCAGUUGCCCUGCGGCGCGUGGGAUCUUUCCCGACCAGGGCUGGAGCCUGUGUCCCCUGCACAUGUACCCACUGUACCCUACGUGACUGUCUGUGCAGUCACAGACAUCCAGGUGAUGCGGUAG